UCCAGCUGGGGGAAGGCCAUUGAGUGAGGCCAGCAAGGAGGCCUGGGAUAAGCUGAUGUUGGUGAGAUGGGAAGAGGUGACCCACUCUGUUCAUGCUCUCUGCCCCCCAGAAUCCAUUUCACCUGCAGCUGGACUGGGCUAGCCCCUUGGAGACAUUGCUGGAUGUGCUGGUUUCAGUGCUCCGGGCACACACCUGGGAGGACGUGGGCCUGGCGCUCUGCCGUGUGCGGGACCCCGCGGGCCUGGUGGCCCUCUGGAAGAGCAGGGCUGGCCGGGCACCGAAGCUCGUGGUGGACCUGAGCCGGCCGGAGGUGGGGGACGAUGAGGAGCUGCAGGCACGCCUGGCCCCGCUGGGACAGGUGCCCUCGGCCGUGCUCCUGGGCUGCGACGCCCUCCGAGCUCAGCAGGUGCUGCGGGCCGUGCCCCCCGGCUCCCACUGGCUGCUGGGCACGCCGCUGCCGGCGGACGCGCUGCCCACCGAGGGCCUGCCCGCCGGGCUGCUGGCUCUGGGAGAGGUGGAGCGCCCCCUGCUGGAGGCGGCUAUUUACGACGCGGUGGAGCUGGUGGCCAGGGCUCUGGGCCGCGCCGCACAGACCCAACCAGAACGUGCCCUCCUCCCGGGCACCAUGGGCUGCACCGACCCGCCGCCCACCGGGCCUGAGUCCUCAGGUCGUUUGCUGGCACGAUUCCUGGCCAACACGUCCUUCGAGGGCCGCACCGGGGGCGUGUGGGUGACCGCCACCUCCCAGGUGCACGUGGCCCGGCGUUUCCAGGUGUGGAGCCUGCGCCAGGAUCCACGGGGCGCCCCCGCCUGGGUCACGGUGGGCCGCUGGCACGACGGGCGGCUGGAGGCGGAGCCAGGGGGGGCCCUGCGGCCCCCGGUCCCGCCGCCCGGCGCCGGGGCGCGCCGCAAGCUGCGGGUGGUGACGCUGGUGGAGCAUCCGUUCGUGUUCACGCGCGAGGCGGACGAGGACGGCGAGUGCCCGGCGGGGCUGCUGUGCCUGGACCCGGGCCCCACGGACGGGGCGAUGCUGGACGCGCUCUUCGCCGCGCUGGCCAACGGCUCCGGGGAGCGCGCGCUGCACCGCUGCUGCUACGGCUACUGCAUGGACCUGCUGCAGCGCCUGGCCGAGGACACGCCCUUCGACUUUGAGCUGUACAUCGUGGGCGACGGCAAGUACGGCGCGCUGCUGGACGGCCGCUGGACCGGCCUGGUGGGCGAGCUGCUAGCCGGCCGCGCGCACAUGGCCGUCACCAGCUUCAGCAUCAACUCAGCGCGCUCGCAGGUGGUGGACUUCACCAGCCCCUUCUUCUCCACCAGCCUGGGCAUCCUGGUGCGCGCGCGCGACACCGCCUCGCCCAUCGGCGCCUUCAUGUGGCCGCUGCACUGGUCCAUGUGGCUGGGGGUCUUCGCCGCGCUGCACCUCACCGCGCUCUUCCUCACCUUCUACGAGUGGCGCAGCCCCUAUGGCCUGACGCCGCGCGGCCGCAACCGGGGCACCGUGUUCUCCUACUCGUCCGCGCUCAACCUCUGCUAUUCCAUCCUCUUCGGCCGCACCGGCUCCAGCAAGACGCCCAAGUGCCCCACUGGCCGCCUGCUCAUGAACCUCUGGGCCAUCUUCUGCCUGCUGGUGCUGUCCAGCUACACGGCCAACCUGGCCGCAGUCAUGGUCGGGGACAAGACCUUCGAGGAGCUGUCGGGGAUCCACGACCCCAAGCUGCACCACCCGUCUCAGGGCUUCCGCUUCGGCACGGUGUGGGAGAGCAGCGCUGAGGCCUACAUCAAGAAGAGCUUCCCGGACAUGCACGCCCACAUGCGGCGCCACAGCGCGCCCACCACGCCCGACGGCGUGGCCAUGCUCACGAGUGACCCCCCGAAACUCAAUGCCUUUAUCAUGGACAAGUCGCUGCUGGAUUAUGAGGUGUCCAUCGAUCCCGACUGCAAACUGCUGACUGUGGGCAAGCCGUUUGCCAUCGAGGGCUAUGGCAUCGGGCUCCCCCAGAAUUCGCCCCUCACCUCCAACCUGUCCAAGUUCAUCAGCCGCUACAAGUCCUCGGGUUUCAUUGACCUGCUGCAUGACAAGUGGUACAAGAUGGUGCCAUGCGGCAAGAGGGCCAUCGCCGUGACAGAGACCCUGCAGAUGGGCAUCUACCACUUCUCGGGGCUCUUCGUGCUGCUGUGCCUGGGAAUGGGCAGCGCGCUGCUCAGCAUGUUGGGGGAACACGUGUUCUUCCGCCUGGUGCUGCCACGCAUGCGCAGGGGCAACAAGGCGCAGUACUGGCUUCACACCAGCCAGAGGAUCCACCGGGCUCUUAAUCCAGAACCAUCCGAGAUACAGGAAGAGCCUGAAUCCAGGGACUCCGAAGGACAGCACCGGACCACCGCAGCGGUCAACACAGGCCCGCGGGGCUGGACAAGGGUGCGAAGGACCGUGGUCCGGGAGCGGCGCGUCCGCUUCCUGCUGGAGCAGACAGCGGAUGCCCGUGCCGGGGAGGACAAGGACGCAGAGGCCGAGGCCGAGGAGCAAGAGGCGGGGCGGCCAGAGGGCUCCUCUGCGCGGCUCUGCUCCAACGGGCGACCCCGCUCCGAGCGCCCUGCCGGUGCCCCCCGGCCCGGGGAGCUGCAGGAGUUGCAGCAGCGCAUUGAGGGCGCGCGCGAGCGGCUCCGCCAGGCCCUGGUGCGGCGCGGGGAACUCCUGGCUCAGCUCCGGGACCGGCCCCCGCGGCUGCUGCGAGCCUGCGCGGGUGGCGCCGCCCCCGAGGCUGCGCUGUGACCCCCACCCCC